GCUUCGCGCUUGCUUUUAUGCACUCUCUCGCUCGUCUCUCCACAUCCACUCUCACAAUGGCACCCUCCAAAGUUCUUGUCGGCGUCAUCGGCGGCUCCGGCCUCUACCACCUCGACAACCUGACCUUUGUGAAGAAGGUCGACGUGACGACGCCAUGGGGCAAGCCCUCGUCGCCCAUCACAAUCUCUGCGCUCCCUAACGGUGCCGAGAUCGCCUUCAUCUCCCGCCACGGCCCCCACCACACCAUCACCCCCUCCGAGGUGCCUGUGCGCGCUAAUAUUGCCGCCCUCAAGUCCCUGGGCGUGCAGGCGAUUGUAGCGUUCAGCGCCGUCGGCUCGCUGCGCGAGGAGAUUGCCCCCGGCCACUUCGUCAUCCCCGACCAGAUCAUUGACCGCACCAAGGGCAUCCGCGCAGACACCUUCUUCCGUGGCGAGGGCGUGGUCGUGCACUCGAUGUUUGGUGACCCGUUCUCGGGCCAGCUCAACGCGUUCAUCAAGCCCCGUGUUGAGAAGAUCCUCGCCGAGCUCGGCGGCGGCGCCGCCCUCCACACCGGCAAGACGGUUGUCUGCAUGGAGGGGCCGGCGUUCUCCACGCGCGCAGAGAGCCUAAUGUACCGCCAGUGGGGUGGAGACAUCAUCAACAUGAGCGUCAUUCCUGAGGCAAAGCUUGCGCGCGAGUGUGAGAUUGACUACUCCCUCAUCUGCACGGCGACCGACUACGACGCGUGGCGUGUCGGAGAGGCCCCUGUCACGGUCGAGGAGGUCGUCAAGACGCUCCACACGAACGCAGGCAACUCGCGUGCCGUCGCCGCGGGUAUUCUCGAGGAGGUCUACGCGCACGUCUCGGCCGGCGAGCUCACUGAGAUUGCGGGGUCGAUGAAGUUUGCAUGCAUCACGCGUGCGGAGUCCCAGCCCAAGGCUGCGCGCGAGAAGUUUGCUUUCAUCCUUCCAGAGUACUUUAGCUAGAUGGCUUGCGGAUGCACAUUGGCGCAUGGGGAUUGGCA